AUGGGGCUAUGUUUCAGCAAGAAGGACCCAAGACCAGAGCCCAACAACGGCUAUUCCUCAAACCAAAGGCCACGGCCUUAUGAAUCAAGCAAGCCAUCACCACCACCACCUCCAACCCAACAACAAGCUUAUCAGCAAUCUAACCAAGCUCAAACCGGCUCUCGAUAUGCUCCACAAUCUCAACCAAAGCCAACUCCAAAACCCCAACCUCUUUUUCAACCCGACACAAUCCUUGGCAAACCCUACUCAGAUGUCCGAUCUUUAUACACUCUAGGCAAGGAACUCGGCCGUGGCCAAUUUGGAGUUACAUACCUUUGCACAGAGAAUUCAACUGGCUUAGCCUAUGCUUGCAAGUCCAUUUCCAAAAGAAAGCUUCAUAAUAAAAACGAUAGAGAGGAUAUUCGUAGAGAGAUUCAGAUUAUGCAGCAUUUGACAGGGCAAGCUAAUAUUGUGGAAUUCAAAGGAGCUUAUGAGGACAAGCAAUCGGUGAACCUUGUGAUGGAGUUGUGUGCCGGUGGAGAGUUGUUUGAUAGGAUAAUUGCAAAGGGGCAUUAUACCGAGAAAGCUGCUGCUGGAAUUUGUCGGGCAAUUGUUAAUGUGGUGAAUAUUUGUCAUUUUAUGGGUGUGAUGCAUCGGGACCUUAAGCCGGAGAAUUUCUUGCUUGCUACAAAGGAUGAGGCGGCGAUGCUUAAAACUACAGAUUUUGGGCUUUCGGUUUUCAUUGAGGACGGAAAAGUGUACAGAGAUAUAGUUGGAAGUGCUUAUUAUGUUGCUCCUGAAGUUCUAAGACGCAGCUACGGAAAGGAAAUAGAUAUAUGGAGCGCUGGCGUUAUCAUAUACAUUCUUCUUAGUGGUGUACCUCCAUUCUGGGCUGAAACCGAGAAAGGAAUAUUUGAUGCUAUAUUGCAAGGUGACAUUGACUUUGAAAGUUCGCCAUGGCCAUCUAUAUCAGAUAGUGCUAAAGAUCUUAUCAGGAAGAUGCUGACCCAGGAUCCAAAGGGAAGAAUUACUGCAUCCCAGGUCCUUGAACAUCCAUGGAUUAAAGAAGGCGGUGCAUCUGAUAAACCUAUUGACAGCGCAGUGCUUUCCAGGAUGAAGCAAUUCAGAGCAAUGAACAAACUAAAGAAGAUGGCUCUCAAGGUUAUUGCGGAGAAUCUCUCUGAAGAAGAGAUCAAAGGGCUCAAACAGAUGUUUACCAAUAUGGACACUGAUAAGAGUGGUACCAUCACAUAUGAAGAGCUUAAAUCUGGUUUGGCUCGGCUUGGUUCCAAGCUCUCUGAGGCUGAAGUAAAGCAACUCAUGGAGGCUGCUGAUGUUGAUGGCAAUGGUUCUAUUGAUUACAUCGAGUUUAUUACUGCUACAAUGCAUAGGCACAGAUUGGAAAGAGAUGAGCAUUUAUUCAAAGCCUUUCAAUACUUUGAUAAGGAUAACAGCGGGUUUAUUACCAGGGACGAAUUGGAAAUGGCGAUGAAGGAGCAUGGAUUGGGGGAUGAUGCCACAAUCAAGGACAUAAUAUCUGAAGUUGACUCAGAUAAUGAUGGAAGGAUCAAUUAUGAGGAAUUCUGUGCUAUGAUGAGAAGUGGAGGACAGCAGCAAAUGAAGCUCAAGUAAUUCCUCACAAUAUGUUUGCAUUGUUCUUCUGUCUGAGGUCCAAACAACAAAAAGUUCAGGUCUAGUUUGCAUGAUUUCUGGAGUCCAAUGAUAUUUGUCAUGUGCAUAUUUUUUCCCCACAUUUUUUGCUUAGACAUUUUCUCGUGCUUGUGUAUGAUGACCUUGAUAAUGAUGCUCUUGCAAGUUUUCUAGUACAGUAAGAUAACACAAAGGAUGUGUUAUGUAGCAGGACAUGAAACAUGGCUUUAAACUUUAUGCCUUUGUGUUGGAUGGACAUCUGUGAGUGAGUUUGCAAAAUUUACCAUUUUGGUC